UGCAAAAAGCUUGCAAGGGCACGACCAUGGGAGCCAACGAUUUCAAUCUCCGACCCAACCUCCAUAUCAGAGCAUUCUCUCUUGAACGGCAAAACUUGAAGCAACAGCACAAGGUCAAAACGGCAGAACCUCUCCUUUUGACAAAACCAAACCCAGCACCUCUCCUUUCGAAAUUACUCACCAAACGCAGAACAUCUUCACUCUCUCAAACACAGAUCCAAGCUAUUUUGCAAAAAGCUUGCAAGGGCACGACCAUGGGAGCCAACGAUUUCAAUCUCCGACCCAACCUCCAUAUCAGAGCAUUCUCUCUUGGUUUUGUUGGAGAUAGUAUUGAAGAGCCUCCCAACCUUCAAAAUCUAACAACAAUCCUACAGAUUUAAAACAGCAGAUUUCAAUGAAUACCAAACAGCAACAGAUUUAAUUCUUUGUACAUUCGUUUGCUGUUUUAAAGCAGGUUUCAUUCUUAAUUUUUGUUCUUCCAUUCACUUUUAUUUAGAUUUAAUAUUCCUGAUUAAUUUCUACUUUUUU